AUGUCCAUGUUCAUGUCACUACCCGACUCCCUGGAAGCUCCUCCUCGCAGACGCUCCUCGGGUACCAGGAGUGUAUCUGCUGACCCUGAUGAGGACUGGACCAAGAUCUCUGACAUUGCUGAGCGCCGACGGAUACAGAACCGCAUUGCUCAGCGUAACUACCGCAAGAAACUCAAGCAACGCCUCGAGGACCAUGAGCGCCGUUCUAGCUCUUCUGACCCUGCCGGACCCGAUAAGCAGGCCCAGGAGACCACCAAGUCGAAGCAAUCCUUCAAGUCCCUGAAGCCGCAGCCCGCUACCUCCGCCAAACCAGUCAUCUCUCAGAGCCAGUUCAAUCCUCCCGGGGAGCCGACUGACGAUCUCUUUUUCACUUCCAGCCACGACGACCAGUCUCGCUGCCACAGCUUUUCCCAGUUCACAUACUUAACUAAUCCGGCUCCUAAUAACAAGUUUAUCACUACCUACAAUUCCCCUAAUACCUAUCCAGCUAUGACUAUUACUGACGCCCACCCUAAUUACCUAAAUACUUCCGUCAUGCCUAUAAUACCUUCCCCUAGAAUGCUAUAUAGCAAUACUGCUGAUCAGGAGUCCUACACCAGCGACAGUAAGGUGACCCCUUAUACGACUUAUGGCUAUAUAUCGCCCAUAGACUUCAACGCUCCAAGCAUCUAUGACCGGUCUAACCCUCAUGUAAGUUAUGCCACUUAA